GACUUUAGCAUGAAGGGCUAUUGGCAGGUAUCCCCUGAAUUGCUUCUGGUAAUAGCUGAUCUUUUGGUGAAGGUAUCCCAGAAGAGAAGUUCAGGAUUUAUUUGGAGGAUACUUGAAGUUAUCUCUUGAAAGCUGACUUAGCGGGUUGUUUUACCUUACUUUGAAAGCAAACACACCAACCAACCUCUGCCUGUUCAGUGUUUGUGUGUGGCAAUGAUGGCCCAGUCCAAGGCCAAUGGCUCCCACUAUGCCCUGACUGCCAUCGGGCUAGGCAUGCUGGUGUUGGGGAUCAUCAUGGCAGUAUGGAAUCUCGUCCCGGGAUUUAGCCACUCGGACAAACCAUCGAUACAUGGGAACAGCAGCAGCCCCAGUGGUGGAAUCCUCAAGAGCAAGACAUUCUCUGUGGCUUAUGUGCUGGUGGGUGCUGGGGUCAUGCUCCUGCUCCUUUCCAUCUGCCUGAGUAUCCGGGACAAGAGGAAACAAAGGCAAGGGGAGGAGGAGAUAGCCAGGAUCCAGCAUGAAGCAGCUGUCGGAACUCAGACCCAAGAAGAAGAAGACAGCCAAGAAGAGGAGGAAUCCCACUCAAGAUAUUAUGUCCCCAGCUAUGAAGAGGUGAUGAACACCAAUUACUCAGAGGUGAGAGAAUUGGAACAGAACCCCGGGAUGAACAUGUCUCUCCCAUCCUAUGAGUCCCUGACGGGGCUGGACGAGACAACUCCCACGACCGCCCAGGCUGACACGGAGACCCAUCCGCCAGACAGGCAGAACUCCAGGCUGGCCAAACGCCUGAAGCCCCUGAAAGUCCGAAGGAUUAAGUCAGAAAAGCUUCACUUGAAGGAUUUUCGAAUCAACCUGCCGGAGGGGAACCUCCCUCCUCCCACAAUAGAACCUUUGACUCCUCCUCCUCAAUAUGACGAGGUCCAAGAGAAAGCAGCAGCCGAUACUCGGCCACCGAACUGAGCUCCUGAUGGUCCUGGGGCAUCACUGUUCCGGGCUUUGUUUUGCCAAGAGACUCCCAAUGAGCAGGAAUGGCUUAGUUUUAAAACUGAUGGACCCCAUAUAUAUGUGUAUCAUAUUAACUUUGGUGGGAAGGGAGGAGAGAGGUCAAGGAACAAGAUCAAGAGCCAGAGGACAGCUGGGUGGCUCAGUGGAUGGAGAGCCAGACUUGGAGAUAGGAGGUCCUGGGUUCAAAAUGUG